AUGCCAUAUGCUGCGGCGCACGAAGCUUCACCUAACAAGGUUUGGCUGGCUUUCCUCAACCCACAUCGCACCCUGGUGACAUCGUGGCUUCGACAGCCACUCUACCAGGUUGAUUUCGUUGAUUCGGGCCAAAGGUCGAGGUACGUUCAUGCCAUUAUGCCUGCAUACGAUGGAAUGGUCCAGGUUGAAGAGGCAGGAGUGGACGAAGGUGGAAUCGACAUAAGCCUGUACCUGCACGACAAGGCAAAGGAGCGACUGCUGCUGGAAAGAAAACUUCAGGUCGCCGUGGAUGAGUGA